AUGGCAAGCAACGAGAGCAACACCCAGCAGGAGCAGCCUGGCCUCAUUACCGGCCACGCAGAGUACAUCAAGGGCGCAGCAGAGGCCGUGAUUGGCAGCGUGACAGGCUCACAUGCCUGGAAGGGCUCCGGCGAGCAGGACAAGGCGCACGCCGUAUCGGCAAUGAAGGCGGCGGGCGAGCAGAGGGAUCCGAGCCAGGGAUACGGCAAGGCGGAGGCGCUGGCGGGGAAGGCAUUCGGGUGUGAGGGAAUGGAGAAGGAGGGUGAACAAUCCAUGAGGAAGGAAUAG